GCCAGGGAGGAUGCGGAGGGGUGGGUGCUGCCGGUGGAGGCGGAAGAGCCCGAAGAGGUUUUGUCGGUUUCGGUUUCUGGCGGAGAGACAAACCCUCUAGAAAAACCCCCAGGCGGCUCCGGGUCUUCGCUACGCGACACAUCAGACGAUCCGGCGUGUGCGGAUUCUUCAACUUCUUAUUUCGUUCGCAACGCUCCCGAUGCGGACGUGCUGAGCGUAAGGACAUACGACUUGAGCAUUACCUACGACAAGUACUUUCAAACCCCCAGGCUUUGGCUUUUUGGCUACAACGAAAGUGGAACCCCCUUAACCCCCGUGGAAAUCUUCGAAGACAUUUUGACCGAUUAUGCGGCUAAGACCGUCACUGUAGACCCUCACCCCUGCACGGGGGUUCCCACGGCCUCCAUUCACCCCUGCAAGCACGCCCAGGUGAUGAAGAAGGUCGUGGACCACUGGAGGUCUCAGGGAGUUGAGCCUCGGCCGGACUUGGCGUUGAUAGUGCUGCUGAAGUUCAUUUCUUCGGUAGUGCCUACGAUUGACUACGACUUCACAAUGGACAUAGACAUGGGCCUUUGCGGGCCCCACACCACCAAGCGCGAGUGCUGA